AUGAAUUAUUCGAAACAACAAUCUAGAGUUUUAAUAUUAAUAUGCUGCUUGAUAAUAGUAAUAUAUAUAACAGUUCAUAAUUCAAGUAUAAAAAUACUAAAUUCAGCUGAUAAGGAUAGGUUAUUUCAUGAGUACAAGUCAUUAAUUGAUCUGGAAAUAUCAAUAUCUACAUCAACAAGUUUAUUACCAGAAGCUACAAAAAAUCCAAGUCAUUUUCUAGGAGAAAUUAAAGAGAUUGCUUACUUUGAAACUUCUGAGUUUAAAGGUAUUCCUGAGCAUAUAGAUGAAAUAAAUUUAGAAGAACCAGAAUUACCAAAAUUGCCCAAGGUACAACUUUCACCAUUAAAGUUUAGAAUUUAUUCGCAUAAUAUUAAAAAUGGUGGAAAUCAUGAAUUAGUAGUUGGUGAAGAUGAAUGGCGUAUAAGAAUGAUUCCAUUAGUUAACUCUAUAAAAUUUCAUUUAAAACAAAAUACUAUAAUUACAUUACAAGAAGUUUAUUAUAAUCAAUUAAUUGAUAUUAUGAAAUUACUAGGAGAUGAAUUUGAUUGGUAUGGUCAUGGUAGAAUUUCAGAAGAUAUUGGAGAAUUAGUACCUAUUAUUUAUAAGAAAUCAGAAUGGGAACCAGUUUAUAAAGAUUCAUUUUGGUUAAAUGAAAAAGAUCAACGUAAAAAUUUACAAGGUUGGGAUGCAUUAUAUUUAAGAAUUGUUUCAUAUAUUACAUUAAAACAUAUUGGUACGUCAAAUUAUAUAAAUAUAUUUAAUACUCAUUGGGAUCAUAUUGGUAUAGAAUCAAAAUUAGGUUCAGCAAAUUUAAUACUAGAAAAAAUUUCAAAAUUUAAAUGGCCAUCAUUUUUAACUGGUGAUUUAAAUACUGAACGAGAAGAAGAACCUUAUAAAUUACUUAAAACUGUUUUAGUCGAUACAGCUACUACAAAGAAUAGGUAUGGACAUUCCAAAUCAACAGUUACAGGUUUUGAAGGUGAAGUUUUAUUAGCUGGUCAAAAUAUUGACUAUAUCUUUGCACCAAAAGAAGUACACAUAGAGAUGUUUGGUUUAUUACAUUCUAAAUUCAAUGGUAAAUACUUCAGUGAUCAUAGACCAUUAGUUUCAGAUUUUAAUAUACAAAUCGGUGGUUUAUAA